GCAGAGAUGGUGUCCACCCGAGCCGCUUUGGUAACAAGGUGCUGGCAGACUUCCUGUACCAGGGGGCCUGCACCCUGUCCAUCCAUCUGGAGAGAAGCCGCAUCCAGCAGUCCUACAAGGAGACCCAGGCACCUUCUUCAUGGACCAGUUGGACUCGGCAGGACAGCAUCCCUGCCAUCUCCGAGGCUGACUUUCCCCCGCUUGAACUGGCACUCCUGUAAAGAAAUGUGGGUACAUGCAUAUCGGCAGAAACUUCCUACAUUUGACAGGUGGUGUAAGGAUCAUUUCCUGAGUGACAGCUGCAUGGUCUCAAGUGCCACACCAGUGGUGACAAGCAGCAUUCAGCUGCUGCCAUCUGUGAAGCUCGACACUGCUCAAGAAAAGUCCACUGAUGUACCAGCUGCAUGCAUUCACACUACCAUCAAGUCAUCAGGAGCGUCUGUACCUCUAUCUAAAUAUUACACUAUUGUCUAAGGUGGAAAAUGAGACUUGUAUAUUUUGCUGUAAUGGUUCUGCCAAUAAAAGAUUGAUUAUA